GCACGGGAUGAAGGCUUCUCAGACUCACGACAGCUCAGAGCACAGCAAGGGCCCAUAGGAAGGGCAGCUUGCUUGGCUAUGGAAGCAAGAACUGGGUGUUGGUGUCAGAAAGACCCAAACUGUAUCCACUCAAGGAGUAAGUCUCCCCCAUCCACUCUGACCCUCAGUCUCCUCCUCUGCAACAGGACAAUAUUUCAGCCACAGGAAAAGAGUAAAGCCACAUUCAUAAAGGGACCCGACACGCACGGCAGCUUCCGGGUCAACUCUAACACAGCCCUGUCCCGGCAUCAGAAAGCAGAAAGAGCCACACUCAGACCAGGCCACUCUCUGCCAUGCUGUGACCACGGGCAGCAGUGGUCAGACACAUUGCCCCGGAGGAACACGAGCGUCCCCACCCCAGCGGGGACGACCCGGAGCACCCAGCGCCCCUCUGAGCCGGAGCAAAGGGCCUUCCUGAUCCGCCACUGGACCCUGGUCCUCCUGUCAGAGGUGUGUUGUGAGGGCCGCUCGGGUAGAAAUGGGCAUCCGACGGGGCAGCAGAGGAAGGCCGGUCAGCGCGAACCUGCGCGAGAUGGUUUCCCGUGGAUCUUGCCCUCGGGGGACCCGGGAAGGACAGGGCGCCCCGGGCCCAGCACAGCAGUGCAGCUGUGCUUGGUGACCAGCCCUGUCAACACACGGCCACUGACGGAGGGCUUCUCGUCGCAAGUGACUCAGCACAGAGGUGCCGUGUCACUGUUCACUCAGGUGACAUGGAGAGAUCGGCGAGGCUGUCCAGCUCAGGCAGCUGAGAAAGGCAGACCACCACCCACGUCCAGGGCCACUGGGAGCCCACGCUCCCCUGUCCAUGACUGUCUGCUCCCAGAAGGGAAGCGCCAGUCCCUCUGGCCGGGCAGCUGCAGAGCAAGGAUGCAAAGGAUUUGCCCCAACCACCUGGUGCUCGUCAUCCCCAGAACUGACCCAGCCUACGUGGCCCUGCUCUGGGACUUCAGGCCUGGACCCAGGAGUGUGAGGCAGUGUGGACGUGCAGGGACGUCAGUGGGUGGGCAGCACCCAGACCAGAGAUCAAGCAAAAUAGCUUCAAAUAUCCAGGAACUGACAAUCGCAGGCCCCUCGAGCACCUCACCCCGAGGCCCGUGUGCGCCUGGGCCCUGUGCCUCCCAGCGCCCCCAGAGGACAGCCCCCAGGCCCACGCGGCCACAGCUCAUGGCACUUCUGCUGUAAUACGGGUGGAGACCUGACAGCGUCUGCUGGCCAGCGCCCGGGGCACGCCUGAGUGUGUGGGCUCCCCGAGGGACACACAGGACUGGAGAUCACAGACUCCAAGUCCAAGUGCCAGCUCUUCUCCUGCCAGCUGUGUGACUCGAGGCAAGUCACUUAACCUCUCUGGGUGUCAGUCUUCUAUUCCGUGGAAUAAAGAUCUUAACAUGAACUUG